GCCUAGUAUAUAUACCCAAAGUGGUGUCAUUUGAAAAUGAAGAUACCCUAAAGAAAAUGUUUAACUUCUAUUAAUAUUAGAAUGUUUAAAAAAAUUGCGUUAGGCAUUUCCGGUGGUGUAGAUAGCGCGGUCGCGGCGUUGUUAUUAAAAACCAAAGGUUAUGACGUGGAAGGUGUUUUCAUGAAAAAUUGGGAUAUAGCGGACGAAACGGGAAAAUGCACGGCCGACGAAGACUUCAAAGACGCCAGCGACUUAUGCGAACGCUUAAAUAUCAAACUGCAUCGCGUAAACUUCGUAAAGCAAUAUUGGAACGAAGUUUUCUGCGACCUGAUUAAAGAAUACGAACACGGUUACACUCCGAAUCCCGACGUUUUGUGCAAUCGUCGCAUAAAAUUCAAUCACUUUUCCAAAUUCGCAUUCGAAGAAUUAGAGGCGGACGCCAUCGCCACCGGUCAUUACGCGAAGACAAGUUUCGGGAAUUUUCUGGAAAAUUACAAUGCGAACCAGGCGGUUCGCCUUUUGAGGCCAAAGGAUUUAAGGAAAGACCAGACGUUUUUUUUGUGCCAGGUACGUCAGGAACCAUUACGAAGGACGAUGUUCCCGCUGGGGGAUUUGCGAAAGUCGGAAGUGAAACGCAUAGCCGCGGAAAAUCACUUAGAGAGGUAUUCCCAAAAGCCAGAAAGUAUGGGCAUCUGCUUCAUAGGCAGUCGGAAUUUUCAACAUUUUAUCGGCGAAUAUAUUGAAAGUAAACCGGGAAAAUUUAUCGACAUUGACAGUGGGAAAGUGGUGGGAACUCACGACGGGUUGCAUCAGUGGACAGUCGGCCAAAGGACCAGAUUGCAGGGGGUGCCGGACGCUUAUUUUGUAGCGAGGAAGAACGUCGACGAGAAUAUAAUUUACGUGGCACUAGGCACGACCCACCCGGCUUUGUUUUCCGAUCUGUUGCGCGUGUCGAAACCACAUUGGAUACACUCCCGGCCCGAGGAACUCGAAAGGGCCGAAAUUCUACGGUGCGAUUUUAAAUUUCAACACACCGAAGGACUGGUGCCCUGUCGAAUUUGCGAAAUCACCGACGAAAAUUUAUGCGUACAUCUUGAUCAAGCUCAAAGAGCCUUAACGCCCGGCCAGUACGCGGUGUUUUAUAGAAACGACGAAUGUCUAGGAAGCGGCAAGAUUUUGAAUCCGGGUGCCACGAAUUUUUCACUGCAUUAUAUGCGAAAUAGUGAAAGCAGCGAAGCGUCGAAUGAUUUAGAAGCCUCACGGUAAACGAGACAAAGCUUUUCGCUUACGAAAAUGUAGAAAUUAAAAAAUUACCAAAGAAAA